AGGCAAUUUUACCAAGCCCAUUUGCCUCGCCAUCCCUGCAUCGCCCCCUCCCUCGCCAUCUGUCACCCUCUAGCACUCUUGUGCCGUUGCCGUUGCCGCCGCCGCCGUCCCGGCGUCAUACGCCCGCGCCACCACCUCCGUCGUCCGCUGUCGUCUCCUGCCGCCCCGAGCCCGCGCCGCUGCCGCCUCCGAGCGCCAUCGUCCCUGCUGCCGAGCGCCCGCGCCAACACCGUCGCCGAGCACCAUUGUCCCUCGCCUCCCCUCGAUGCCCACGGUGAGGACAUUGCGGUCCCUGUGGGAGCGGAACCUCGAGCAGCCAUCCCCGCGCCGCGCACGCCGACGAGCGGCACUACGGAGAUCGACCUAGUGGAGUGCAUGCUAGGCCUGUGCCAGCCAUCUGUGCUCUCCGCCAUGACGUGAGCUGUCAUCGACGUCGCCUCCUGACCCCCGACGUCUCCUCUCGCAGCCACACAGAAACCCCACAACAAAUCGCCACCCACCCAUCGCCCCCACGCGGGGGCCCACCUGUCAUCGACACCGCGGCCCGCCUCCCCAGUCUUCCAAUCCGGCGCCGCGACCCGCGAGCGACCCAAAAAGAUCCACGAAUUGGAAAAAAGAGGAAAAACAAGGGGACAGGAAAGGUCUCCCCUUUGCUCGACGGCGGCGGCGAUGUCUCUCCCUCCGGCCCCGGCGGAAAGCGGCGGCGGCGGCGGCUCCCCCGGCGACGACUGGUUCCUCGACUGCGGCAUCCUCGACGACCUCCCGGCAGCGGCCUGCGGGGCCUUCCCGUGGGACGCGUCCCCGUCGUCCUCCAACCCCAGUGUGGAAGUUGGCAGCUAUGUAAACACCGGUGAUGUCUUCAAGGAGCCUGGCAGUAAUAAACGUUUAAGGUCAGGAUCUUCUGGUAGGCCAACAUCUAAAGCUUGUAGGGAAAAAAUGAGAAGGGACAAGCUCAAUGACAGGUUUCUUGAAUUGGGCUCUACCUUAGAACCUGGGAAACCAGUAAAAGCUGACAAAGCUGCUAUCCUAAGUGAUGCUACUCGCAUGGUUAUUCAGCUUCGCUCUGAAGCACAGCAGCUCAAGGACACCAAUGGUAGUCUUGAAGAAAAGAUUAAGGAACUAAAGGCAGAGAAGGAUGAGCUUCGCGAUGAGAAGCAGAAGCUGAAACUAGAGAAGGAGAGUUUAGAGCACCAGAUGAAGCUAAUGACCUCAACUCCAGCCUACAUGCCUCAUCCAACCCUGAUGCCAGCGCCCUUCCCACAGGCUCAGCUAGCACCGUUCCAUCCCCAUGCGCAAGCUGCAGGGCAGAAGCUGAUGAUGCCCUUUGUUGGCUACCCAGGAUACCCAAUGUGGCAGUUCAUGCCACCUUCUGAAGUCGACACCUCGAAGGACAGUGAAGCGUGCCCUCCAGUUGCUUAAUCGCUUCGAGCUACUGGUUGCACUCGCAGCUUAUGUGAAUUAAUCGCAACUGAAGCCCCUAGUUGUUGAUCCAUUGAUUGGGUAUAACUACUGUUCUUAUGUGGUAGGUGAUUGAGUAAGCUGAUGUUCCUGGCGCCCUAUAGAGGCUGCUAUUAGCCCCUUCAAUGGCUGUACAAUUUUUUGCGGAGAAGAGAAGAAUGUUCGUUCUUUUUCUCCAUAGCAACAAUACCAAAUUAAUUAUGUGCCACAUAUAUAUUUGUCAGUCGUAAAAUUCAGUGAUUUUUGUGUACAAGUUAAUUAUCUGUUAUGAAUCUUUGGAAUUGUG